GUUGUCCCAAAUUUUACCAUUGUCCAUUAUGAAAGUUUUUUAAUUCUUUGUUGAGGAAACAAGACAACAACAGCUAAAGUAUCGAAACACAUUAUACUCCUAAGUCACUUUGACAUCUAGAGCUCGAGUAGCUAGUCAUGAUAAGUGUUAUUCUACUGAUGGUGUUGCCUCUGGUAGAGGUCACAGUAUACUGUCAAACCUUUCCCUACGUCUCCUUCAUGGGACAGACUUUGGCGAAUAACUCCUAUGUUGACCUGGGUCAGGUUUGGAGUACGGACGCAAACAGUCUGAUGUGUCACACUAAUCUAGCUACUUGUUGCAGUAGUACCCAAGGACCCUAUCGUGGAGACUGGUUCUUCCCCAAUGGAACCAGGCUGCCGUUCUCCGGUGUUGUUUACGAAUCUCGUAGUGCCCAGCUGGUGCAACUACGUCGCAACACCACCUCAAAUGGGCCUUCGGGAAUUUAUCGCUGUGACAUUCCAACUGUCAGUGUCCACGAUGAUGAUACUAAUUCUCUGGCGGAGCUUGUUUAUGUGGGAUUGUACCCUGCAAAUGAAGGAAGUGUAGUUAUAGCUGGAGGUAUAACGUUCGAUCUCCAUUCAACCGACUCAUUGACCCUCACCUGUAUCUCCACUGGUGGACCUGCUACCACUGUCACUUGGACCAGAGAUUCCACCACUGUUACCCAAGGAACCCAGACUGUGUUGAAUGACCCAGUGACUGCACAGUACACCCACACUCUGACUGUGACUGGGACCCUGGGAGGA